AUGCAACUCACAAAAACCCUCUUCGUGUGCGCCACAUUGAUCGCUACCACUGUCGCGCAAUCUCCUACAACAACCAGCCUUCACUUCACCUCCAUCCCAACCAGUUUGGUUGCUGGUGUCAAGCAAUCAAUCGGAUGGGCAGGUGGUAAUGGCAAUGGCGUGAACAUCAUUCUCCAACAAGGCCCAGCAGAUAACCUUCUGGACGUGCCAAUUGCCCCAAUCGCAUCUGGGGACCAAGGAACUUCCACCACGUGGACCCCACCCAAGUCGCUUCCUGAUGCUGGCAAUUACGCAUUGAGGAUCGAACAGGGCGAGGAUGCUGUCAAUUACUCUGGCAUGCUCCAACUCUUCGGCGGGUGCUCAACCUGCCCCACUGACGCUGUCGCUGCUCUCGCCACGGCCUCGUCCUCAACGUCCUCAAUGUCCUCAACGUCCUCAAUGUCCUCAACUGGCUCUGCCACUGCUUCUUCGCCCUCCUCAACUGCCUCCUCUAGCUCAAAGAGCGGCGUCGUUACUCCUAUCGUCGCUCCUGGAUCCAAAUCAAGCAGCAAUUCCACGGGUGCCGCUGGUUCCUUAGGCAAUUCAACUACCACCGGUUCAAGCAUGAACUCGACAAUGGGCACAGGUAGCAUGGCGAACAUGACCAUGCCCGGCACCAAUUCGACCACGAACUCGACCACGAGCUCGACCAUGAGCACCGCUAAGCUACACGCUACUUCGUCGAAAUCGUCCUCCUCAUCCUCCACCUCGUCAUCUUCCACAUCCUCGUCCUCAAGCGAGAGCACUUCAAGCAGCACUGGCAGCAGCACAAGCCCAUCUGCAACAAAGAAGAGCAGCGGUGUCACGGUGGCAGCGAGCAACUUCGCCUUAGUGCUUUGCGCUAUCGUUGGUGUUGUCUACCUGGGAUAG